AUGGAAUCCAUGCAGAAUCAGCCGGCCGGUUUUCCCGGGGCUGCCGUCCAGCUAGACGUUUGGGACCUCGUAUUUGGUCAGCUUGCUGCCAUGGAAUACUACGAGACGCUGGCUAGCUGUGCCCAGUUGAACAGUGUGUUGUCCUAUCUAGCUCUUGGACACCUUUACAGAGAUCAGUUCUGCCCUCCACCAGGCAUGGGCUCAAAGGCCGCCAAGAACAUCUGGGCCUCAGUGCAGAGUUCAGCGGGGAACACUCAUCCAGCUGGGCAAUCAUAUCUCAGUCAUAUUCGUCACUUAGACUUCCUCAACUUCAUCUCCAUCGAUGCGUGCAGAGAGGUGCCGGAUGAGGGCUUCGUAGCCCAUGUUACGAAUCAGUUGGCCAACCUAAACCUUGGUCUUGCAGAUGAUCCCACAGACGGUCCGGACAUCGUUGCUACGGACCAGGUAAGUGCUCGGCAUCCGAAUUUGGAAAACGUUGUCCGCCCUCUCCUCGAGAACCUCUGCAAAACAGCACGGGAACGAGAGCUGCACGUCUUGCUGAGGAGCUUGACGCUCGACAGAUGGGCGAACGCAAUGCCUCAGAUUCAGGACUUUCGGCAGCUGGAAAGCCUCUCGUUGGUCUUCAUAGAGGGCCUGAACGCUCAGGCGGCCCAAGUUGUCACGUCCUCUCUCCCGAAUCUGAGACACAUCACAGUGGUGCAGGCCAGCGUGCCCCAUACGCCCGAUCUCGCCUCGUUCCUCUCUAACCUGAAGCCAGACCAGUUGCAGUCUUUCAGUUGCUCCCUUAACAGGGUCCAGGUACCGGUCUUGAACGCCAUCUCGCAGCAGACCUCCCUCCGGAAGCUAAGUCUGCAAUUUUUCAACUACCCACCGGUGGAUAUGCACGUCUUGUUCAAGCUCACGAAGCUCACAUCGCUGACUCUCGGUUUCAAUUUCCAUGCUACCGCUCGGCCACAAGCCAAAUUCGAAAGGUGGGCAGAAACCUACCGGACACACUUUGCCAAGUGGCUCACGUCUUGCAAUGACCUCCGAAGCCUACACCUCUUUCGCUUGCCGGAGCUUGUUCCCGCAGCAGCGGAUGCGUUGCCAGACCUGCAUCUCGACGGGCUGCACCUGUUCUCUACGGGGCAUCACUCAGACCUGUACGAAGCACUCGCUACGCAGCAGCUCGAGUAUCUCUUUCUGGCCGAACCUUCAAACGACAAUGCCACGCUGGAGCCGUGGGAGCGUCGCGAGCUCGUCGUCAAGGCUGUGGUGGCCAUGCCGUCCCUUCGCGACUUGAGGCUGCAUACAUUGUUCUCUUUGACUUGUGAGGAGCUCACCCGAAUUGCAGAAGGCGUACCAAACCUCAAAACCAUCUCUUACGUCGCCCCCCGACGUGAGCAUCCCACCCAUGCGUUGAAGGCCUUGAAGUCUUUCCAACACCUCACCAGCCUCACGGUACUCGGCCGGACCGGCUUUUCGUCACUUUCGAUAUAUUGUUGGAUCCUAGAAACAGAGUGCCACAUGCGCCCCGGCGGGUUUUCGCUGACCUUGCCAUCCCAGGACCGCAAAGAGUGGUUUUGGAACUUCCGUGGACCUCAGGGACUCCUCGGCAACUCGGACACGGAGGCAAUGAUGAAAAUGCUAAGUUUCGUGGCAGUGUAUGACAAAGAGCGGGACGGUGACCUUGGCGAUGAGGGGUUUCUGGGCAACGAGUACGAAUUCGAAGAGGAGCGCAUGUUUGUCCAACUCUGGGAGGACAUCAGGGGCCCUGCGGAAGCGUUGCAGCUGCUGAGAGGCACAGGGCCUUAUUCACCGUUCCGUCCGUUGACGGGACACUUGGGUGGGGUCAUUGCCAGGAACUUAUGGUAG